AUGACUGAAUAGCAAUCAAUAACAAUAGAACUAGUAAUGGCUAAAUUGGAUGAUGGAGGGAAAACUCUUAGAUUAAACAUCUUAGGUAAUUAAGUAUAUACAAAUAUAGGUAUUACUGAAAUAAAUUAAUGCAUUAAAGACUAUAUGAAAUUGGUUCAGACUUUGGAAUUGCAUCAUAAUUUACUUAAAAGAGUAUAUUGAUAUAAUAAUUAUAAGAUUGAUAAUAUAGAUUCUGCAAUUCUAGAGAAUUUAGGGGUUUCCAAUAAUGAAUUAGAAGGAGUACACAAAAUUCAAUUACAAAAAUUAUUAAAAUUGGAUCUAUCAUUUAAUAAGAUUACAGGUUUAAUAUUGGGAACCAAAUUAAUUUAGCAUUUGAAUUUAGAAAAUAAUAAAUUGUGUAAAGUAGUAAAUAUUUUAUUAUAUUAGAUUGAUUUUCUAAAUAAUUUAAAAGAUUUGAGAUAUUUGAAUUUAGGAGGAAAUUUAAUAGAGAAGGUAGAUUUUUUAGUUUUCAAUGUUUAAGUAAAAUUUUAUGAUGUAUUUUAGUUGGAAGAAUUGAAUAUUAGAAGAAAUAAAAUAUCUACAUUAAAAGGUUCAUUUAGUAAUACAAAAAAAUUAAAGAUUCUUGAUGCAAGUAAUAAUUAAAUUAGUGAUACUCAAUUUAUUGAUACUAUAACUGAAUUGGAAGAAUUGAAUCUAUCAAAUAAUUAGAUUAGUGUUUUAAAGAUUGAAAACUAAAAUGAAAAUCUUAACAUUCUAGAUUUAAGUUAUAAUCAAAUUGAUGAUUUAAGAGUAUUAGAAUUUAAAUUUCCAUAUUUGACUAAUCUAUAUGUGUAAUCAAAUUAGAUAUAUGCAGAAAAUUGUUUUGAUUUUUUAAAAUUAAUGUCAAAUUUGAUUGAUAUCCAAUUUUAAGGAAAUCCAUUUUAAAGUAGGGAAUAUGAAGAUAAAUUCAUAGUAGAUUGUCCUUGGUUAGAAUUGAUCAAUGGUAGAGAAGUAGGAAAACCUGGAUAAUAUAUAAAAUAAGAAGUGUUAGCUUUAAAAGAAAAAUUAUAGGAAUUAGAUAUCGAUGUAAAUAAUUAUCAUAUGUCUGAUUUGGAUAAUGAAGAGGGUAUUGUAACUGAAGAGAGACUAAAAGCUAUUCUUAGAGUAUAAGGAUUUUAGGAUGAUGAAUAAGAAAUUGUGAACAAAAUAAAUGAAGAAGAUUAAAAGGAUGAAAACAUUAUGGCUGAAAAUGAAUUCUUUAAAUUUGUUACAGAAUAAAAUGAAUAGAUGGAUAAUAUAAGAGCUCAAUAUUUGAGAAGAUUAUUGAAAACUUAAUAAUCAGAGUGUUCUACUUAAAGAGGUAUUUAAGAUGAAUAAACUCUCUAAGAUUCUUAAAUAAAAUAAUAAUUUAUUGAAGAUGAUUAAAUCAUUGUUGGAAUAAAUCAUAGUAAUAAGGAUACUAAUUUAAAAUAGAAACUAUUAAUUAGAUCAUUACCUAAACCAUAAAAAAAACAAUCAAUUCUUUCUGAGAUUAGUUAAUUAAAAUAAUCUAUGAAAUCUAAAGAGUUCUAUCAAUCUUUAGGAUUUACUUAACCUCAAAAUAGAAAUCGUGUUCCAUAACAGAGAAUGAAUAUGUCUUCUGAAAAUUUUAAUAAAACAUCAGAGAUACGAAGCAGUUCUAGUCGUCCUCAGAUGUCUAAUUCAUAAUUGAAGUUACCUAAAAUUUGA